AUGAUGGAGAUCUCGACAUCGGGUCAGUUCGAAGGUGGUAUCGCAGUGAAGCACAGCAUUGCCAGCUCGAUGGAAUCGAAGGACAGUGAAAAAAUUGCAACACAAGGGUCGCACGACGCUGCAGACCAUAGCUCAAAUGGUUACGAACACCAUGAGAGAUCAACACACCUUUCAAAUCCGAAGGCCAGCUCUACAAGUCGAAAGGGUAUAGAAAGCAAGGGCGACAGGAAAUCUCCGGAUGAAGCAGGUUGGCGGAGUUUUGAUCCAUCAGCAUCCCAUGCAUUGCGCAAUCCUCCACGAAAAGCACACGAUGCUACUCGCUCCAGAGUGCGGGAUGAUUAUGAUGUGCCGGACGAUUAUGUCAAUCUUGAUGAAUUGGUCGUUCCGUCGCCAGUUCAAAAUCCGGACGAGGGACCAGUAUAUCGGCACAUGUCUUUGGAAGAUGCACGUAGUAGGGCACAUACAUAUCAGAAGAGCGAGGAGAUCAAAGAAAGGUCAUCGACAGAACGCCCCGCAGAGGUCAAGAAAACGGAAGAAAAGGAGCUACACAGAGUCUCUAAACUUGCUACCCAGCUCUACGUUAUUUCAUACCUAAUACUGUUCUCCCUUCUCGGUACGUUGGCACGACUUGGCCUACAAGCCAUUACUUUCUAUCCCGGGGCUCCUGUGGUAUUCAGCGAGCUGUGGGCCAACUUUGGAGGAAGUCUUUUCAUGGGUUUCUUGAGUGAAGAUCGGAUGCUGUUCAAGGAGGAAUGGGGUAAGGCCACAUACCAUCAACAGAUACAAAAGGCGAAAAAGAAAAAGCAGGACGAAGAGAGUGGCUUAGGUUCAGACCAAUGUGUUGAUUUACAAGCAGCCAAGAGAGCACAUGCGGCAACGAAGAAAACAAUUCCUCUGUAUGUCGGGCUGGCCACUGGAUUCUGUGGCUGCUUCACUUCAUUCUCAUCCUUCAUUCGAGAUGUGUUCCUGGCCUUGUCAAAUAAUUUGCCUACUCCUCUCAAUCAUCCUACUGACUAUGGGCCUACCGCAACGACCGUGGAGUCAACAGUUCCCAGGAAUGGGGGAUAUUCCGUUAUUGCAUUAUUGGCAGUCAUCAUCAUUACAAUUGCACUUUGCAUAUCAGCCCUGACAAUUGGAGCUCAUAUCGCCAUUGCUUUGGAACCGUUCACGCCUAGUCUACCAUACAAAUUCUGUCGCAAAGUACUGGAUCCGAUAGCAGUUUUACUAGCUUGGGGAUGUUGGCUAGGAGCCAUUAUUCUCGCUAUCUUCCCACCUGACAGGAACUCGGCUCCUCCAGAAAUAUGGCGUGGCCGAGCAGUCUUUGCACUGGUCUUCGCUCCUCUUGGUUGCCUAGGACGUUUUUACGCCUCACUUUACCUCAAUGGCAAGAUUGCUUCGUUUCCAGUUGGAACGUUCGUCGUGAAUAUUUUGGGCACGGUAAUCUUAGGGCUGAGUUAUGAUGUCCAACACGUACCUCUUGGAGGCGUUAUUGGCUGUCAGGUCUUACAAGGUGUCGAAGACGGAUUCUGUGGGUGCUUGACAACUGUCAGCACGUGGGUUGGCGAGUUGAGUUCUUUGCGCAGGAGACAUUCCUAUCAAUAUGGCGCAGCGAGCGUCAUAGUGGCGUUGUGUUUCAUGAUUAUCAUUAUGGGCAGCAUGCGGUGGACGAUAGGCUUCUCGGAAUUGCAAUGUGUAAAGUAG